CGCCCACUACCGACGAACUCUCGCAGGAGGAUUCGCGAGAGCGGCGGCGGUGUCAAUGGCAACGGCACACGAGUAAACGAUAACUCAACGCGGUAAUGUCGGAGGAGCAGGAGGACGGCACUUUCUACCUGCAGCAGGUUACUAUAACAGAAGAAAGUGAAGGGGAUUACCAAUAUGAAGAGAUUCCUGUUGAUGAUGACAUCAGUAUUCCAGAAGGAGAAGAAAGUUUGGAGAAUAUCGUGAAAACAAUAGAACAACGAAAUGAAGAUUUAAAGGCCACAUUUACUUCAGAGAGAGUUAUUGCUGCUUCUUUACUUGCUGAGGAGAAUGAUUUGGUUCCAGUGCAGCCUGUGUGCCAAGGAGGAGAAGUGGUUGAUGAUUUUCUAAGAAAUUUUCUUAUCAAGAUGGGAAUGAUGAAAACUCUUGAAUGUUUUCAAAUUGAAUGGUACGAAAUGCUGCAGAAAGGUCUACUGAAAUUGCAGGACGUGGGAUUUGUUCCUGAUGUAUAUGCCCAAAAUCAGCUGCUAGAAAAUGAGGUGAAAAACUUGAAGAAAGAUCUUGAGAACUGCAAGAUAGCAACCAAAACAGCUGGUGAAACAUUAGUGAAACUUCGGAAAGAACGCGAUUUUCACAGGAUGCAUCAUAAGCGUGUGGCACAAGAAAAGAACAGACUCAUUAAUGAUAUUAAAAGGCUUAAGAAGCACUAUGAAUCCUUUGAACCUACCCUGAGCAGGAUCAAAGAGAAAUAUAAUACUGCAAUAAAGCAAAAGAUGUUGACAAGUUUGGAGAAAGACAGAGCUCUUGUGCAGGUGUCAGGUUUGCAAGCAACCUUGCGUGCCAUGGAAUGUGGAUGGGAUUUGCCAGUUGCUGUGACUUCAGCAGGAAAUAAGGGCCACAGCGAAUGUAAGAAAGAUGGUCCCAGCCAAAGAGCACUUGCUGAAGCUAGAGCACUUGCUGAAACUAAAGAAGACAAGCAUCAUUGUGAUCCACCUGAUGAUUCAACAAAGCAGUUGGAUUCUGAAUUUCCAGUUGACACACGAGUGAACCCGUAUCUUGCUCAGAUGAAAGGCUCUCCCAGUAAUUUACUUAGAUCAGGUGGAUGCAAACUAACAAAGACACUGAAAGUACAUGAGCUGGCAGUGAGCUGCCUAGCUCUUCACCCACGGAAGCAAAUCCUAGUGACUGGAAGUGAUGAACGCCUCUGGAAGAUGUGGUCCAUUCCCAAUGGUGACAUUAUCAUGACGGGUGAAGGUCAUGGUGAUUGGCUUUCUGGCUGCUGCUUCCAUCCCAGUGGCAACAUGCUAGCUACCACCAGUGGAGACAAAACAGUGAAGAUUUGGGAUUUUACAAAAGUUGAAUGUGCAUCCACAUUUACUGGCCAUCUUCAUGCUGUCUGGGGCUGUUCGUGGCACAGCUGUGGUGAUUUUGUAGCAUCUUGUUCCAUGGAUAACACUAUUAAGAUCUGGGAUAUUAACAGUAAGAGGUGUAGACAGACGCUCCGAGGUCAUGUUGAUUCUGUGAAUAGCGUUGAGUUUCUCCCCUUCUCCAAUACGCUGCUCUCCAGUGCAACUGACAAGACCAUUUCUCUGUGGGAUUCCAGAACGGGACUGUGCGCUCAAACUUUCUUUGGUCAUCUGCAUUCCUGCAAUGAUGCCACCUUUAACUUGAAGGGUGAUACAGUUGUUUCCUGUGACUCAUAUGGCAUACUAAAGCUUUGGGAUGUGCGGAAAGUGGCAAUAAUGCUAUCAGUUGAUGCAGGCCCUCAUCCUGGAAAUCAAGUGAUUUUCCACCCAUCAGGUCAACUGGUGGUCAUGGCCAGUAAUGAUGGAACUGUGAAGAUAUUGGAUCUGCCCUCGGGUCAGUUGUACAGUCUGUCAGGGCAUGAAGACGCUGUGCAGUGUGUGCUAUUUGACCACAAAGGUGAAUAUGUGGUAUCAGGAGGCUCUGAUGGUACUAUCCGCCUCUGGACAUGAAACAAUAGUUAUAAUAUCCAAAUGUUGAUUCCACCUUUUGAUUAGUUUUUGGCUCUUACGUAUGAAUCAGAUCUAUUUUGUGGAAAAAUUGGAUAAUGUAGUGGAGAGCCCUUCUAAACUGUGUGACUACAGAGUGUAAUAAUCAACUUUUCUUGUCUGUUGUCAAUGAAUAAAUU